AUGGAGAUGCCACCUAAGCAUGUGCGAUUUAUGCACACUCCGUUGAACUUCAAAAACAAGGAAAUACGCCUCCUAACGAUCGAUUCGAGUUCAGACCCGUCUAGUCCAAUUCAGAUCACUUUGGAGCACGUCGACUUUAGUGGGCAUAGUGAUGCUCUCGCUCGUUACCACGAGGAGGUGGCUAAACUUGGAGGGGAGUAUUUGAUUAGCAGCGACAAGAGAAAGGCUGUUUAUCAAAGGUUCACCCAAGAAACGUUCCAUUUCAUCGCGUUAUCGUACACUUGGGGCCCUGAGUUUCCAGUGCACGACAUACUCGUUACAAGCCCUGACUGCCGAGGCUGGCUUUCGAUUCGGCAAAAUCUCUACGAAUACCUGAAGAUAAGACGAGACUGUAGCUCAGCUUGGUUAUGGAUCGAUCAAAUAUGUAUCAACCAAGAGAAAAACGAUGAGAGGGCCCACCAGGUCAACCAGAUGGCAGAUAUCUAUAGUGUAGCCACCGUCGAGGCCUGGCUUGGUUCUGGGUUCAAAGGCAGCGAUAAACUUGUAGAUUUGAUAGUCCGCGAGAGUCUUUUCCGGAAUCAAAAGCAUCCCCGCCAACAAUUCGUGAGCCAGCGAGAAACGCGCACAAUUCUACCAUCUUUGCACUGCUUCAUAAAUCUACCAUAUUGGUCAAGACUGUGGGUUAUACAAGAGAUUUUACUUGGUAAAGUCGUCAAUAUACGCAUUGGCUCGAAGACCCUCUCAUGGGACACAUUAUUUUCGGGUUUAGAAAGACUGGAUGAAGCAUGGAAGCGUCUAGAUGACAAAGACAAAAAGGCGGGUCUGCGAAACUAUAAGGGUGGAGCAGGUGCACGAAUCUUUACGAUUGGCUUAAGGCGAGGUGAAGUUCCCCAGGACUGGUUCGGUGUUGGAGGACUGGUUUGGGACACGCAAUGCUCAGAUCUGCGAGACCGAGUAUUCGGUGCCAUGGGCAUGGUCCGCCCAUCGCUUCGAUUAUUUCCCGAUUACUCGAUGCAUCCGCAAGACAUAUUACUCAUGCUCCUCACUAAGCAGGUUGAAUUCAUGUUUGCUGAUUUGGGCAAGCCGGGCGGCUGGGAUGAUUUGAUUGCCAGGCGUCGCAGACAAACGUGUAUGCGCACAGCAGCGAAUUGGCUCGCGCAACUCGAGGACGACGAGAAUAGGAUCGAUCCAGAAUCUGUCCGCCGUCAUUUAUUCAAGAUUCUGCCCUUGGCCCCACCCGGGUGCGAACCGGUCUUUAAGACUCUACGAACAUGGCGACUCCAGUACAAAUUAUGGCACACAAUACCAAAAAAGCGCAGCAGGUGGUAG